AUGUCAACCCCCGCACAAAAGGCCAACCUAGCCCGUAUCCGAGACAACCAGAGGAGAUCACGCGCGCGAAGGAAAGAAUACCUCCAGGAGCUGGAGCAGCGGCUCCGGGCCUGCGAGCUGCAAGGCAUAGAGGCCUCAGCCGAGGUUCAGGUGGCCGCCAGGAGGGUCGCGGAAGAGAACAAGCAGCUGAGGGAGCUCCUCUACCGGCACGGAUUCACCGACGAAUACAUCGCCAACUACCUCCAAUCCGGCGCAACCGUCACACCUGAUCCCGCUCAGACAUCCUUUCGCGCGGGCGACGCAGGAUCGGCCGUCCAGUCUCUUCAGCAUCUUCUCGUGCCACGUCGACCGGCCGGCCUAGAUCCGGGCAUCGCGUUCCCGCUGCCGAGCCAGUCGAGCCGAGAGACAUCGAGCGCCAGCACUUCGACGGCCAGCUCGACUAUAUGGGACCCCGCGCACACGACCAUGGCAGCGUACGGUCACCACCCGCAACCUAUGGGCGUCUCACCUGCCGUAAUGGGCACGCCCAAUCAAGGACCGUACACGUCACCGGGCUUCGGCAAUGCCAUUCCUGCGCGACAAGAUCCUUUUGCCGGCCAACAGCACCAGCAAAUACUCGGUGACCCGCGGCAGAGCAUUGUGACGACACAGCCAGCGCAAGCGAUGCACCUGGAUAGCCGACCGGCGGUGAACUACCAUUACUCCAUGCCGCCGUACAACGACCCGACGACACGCAACUAUGGUCCUCCUGGUGGCGGCUGCUGA